AAAACGGCAAAUGACGCUCCAUUUUUUUUCAUACUGAAUUUGGAAUUUGGCGGCGACGCUCAUAUUUUUGUUAUCACCGUUCGUUAAUUGUGUUAAUUGUUUAGUUAGUCGCUGUGUUAAUGGACCACUAAAUUCGCUGCGUGACCGUUUUUGUUUAGUGCAAGUGUUUUCUGUUCUUUACCAGCGGCCGCGAUGAGCGCCUUUGAGAUAACGGUGACGCCGUCGCGUCUUAAGCAGAAAAAGCGCGCGGAAGGACGCGAGCCCGCCGUGGUGGUCAUGGCUCCCUUCUCCGCCAAGGCGAUUGUACAGUUCGAGGAUGUGCCGGUAACCAAGACAGCAAAGCGCCAGGUGCGCGUCCUCAAUCCCAGCGAUGAGGACAUCGAGGUCAAGGUGAUGAAGGCCAUUCGGGAGGAGCACAACCUGAGCCUCGAGUGGCUGGAGCACACUGUACCCGCCAUGGAAGAGGUCUCCAUGGAGCUGGUGUGGAACCCCCAAAUCGAGGUUGCCUGCAAGGAGACGCUGCAGCUGAUUGACAACCGCAACUUUCGCAAGGAGGUGAUGAUCAUACUCAAGUCCAAGAGCAACCAGCCCGUCAAGAACCCGCGCAAAUUUCCCACCGUCGGCAAGACCCUGCAGCUGAAAUCGCCGACAGGAGCCGGUAAAACAAUGAAGAGCGUGACCUCCGCUGCUGCGCAGCAAAAGAAGCGGCUGUCUGCGGCAGCACCUCCCUCCGCCAAACAGCCCUGGCGAGCUUCUGCUCCCACUCGUCCCACUGCCCGUCCACAUCCUCCUGCCCAGGCUCCUCUGGCCGAGAAAAAUGUCUACAAGCCGCCGAAGGAGGAGCCAGUGUACAUAUCACCACAGCCACGCAGCCUCAAGGAGAACCUUAGUCCCAUGACUCCGGGAAACCUCCUGGACGUGAUAGACAAUCUUAGAUUUACACCGCUCACCGAGACCCGUGGCAAGGGAUCAGCUGGCAUUUUGCCGGACAAUCUGGCCGCCUGGCCGACACCCACACUCGGGGGCAAUGCAAAACAAAGUGCCACUGAAAUGCGACCUCGUCGAAUCACUCCAGAUGAUCUAGAAGAUCAGCCGGCCACAAACAAAACCUUUGAUGUGAAACAUUGCGAUACCAACGUUUCGCUGGACACCUUGGACAGCUCCAGAAGCGAUGGACAAAUGCAGACGCCUCUCAACAAAACCACCACCAUUGUUCAUGCCACACAAACCAGAUUCCUGGCCUGCAUUCACGAGGAGGAGGGGCCCAGUCCACCGAGGACUCCACCAAAGAGCGCCAUGCACGACCUAAAGCGGGACAUCAAGCUGGUGGGCUCACCCCUGCGAAAGUAUUCGGAGUCCAUGAAGGAUCUAUCGUUGCUAUCGCCGCAAACAAAGUUUGCAAUCCAAGGUUCCAUGCCAAAUCUGAAUGAAAUGAAGAUUCGGUCCAUCGAACAGAACCGGUACUACCAGGAGCAGCAACCCCAGAUGAAGGGCAAAGACUUAAAUAGUUCCUCUGGCAGCGAGGCUAGUUUGAUUGGCCAGCAGGAGUUUCUGUUCAAUCACAACGAGAUCCUCGCUCAGUCGAGUCGCUUUAAUCUCCACGAAGUUGGCCGUAAGUCAAUUCGGGGCAGUCCGAUUAAGAACCAGAAUGCUCACAAGCGCCGCUCCCAUGAGCUGAGCUUCUCGGAUGCACCUAGCAACGAAUCUUUGCACCGCAACGAGACGUUGUCCAUCUCCCCGCCCAAGAAGCAACGGGUAGAGGACUUCACUCUGCAGAGAAGUGCUGCACCCGCAAAUGCAUCCGCCCGGAGCAGUAGUGCUCACGCCUGGCCACCCACCCAGAAGAAAUUUAAGCUGGCGCAGACCAUGUCGCUUUUGAAGAAGACCACCACACCACGAAAGGUUCAGGCCCCUGUCAAGCUCUACGACUCUGAGCUGUAUAUGCAGACAUACAUCAACCCGGAUCCGUUUGCCGCCACCACCACAACAGAUCCCUUUCUGGCCUCUACCAUGUAUCUGGACGAGCAGGCAGUGGACCGCCAUCAGGCAGACUUUAAGAAGUGGCUGAAUGCCCUGGUCUCUAUACCCGCCGACCUGGAUGCGGACUCAAAUAGCAAGAUAGACGUGGGAAAGCUUUUCAACGAGGUGCGCAACAAGGAGCUGGUGGUGGCUCCAACCAAGGAGGAGCAGUCCAUGAACUACCUCACGAAGUAUCGCCUGGAGACGCUGCGUCGGGCAGCUGUCGAUCUUUUCUUUAGCGAGCAGAUGCGCCUACCCUGCUCCAAGGUGGCCGUGUAUGUGAACAAACAAGCGCUGCGCAUCCGCAGUGACCGCAAUCUCCACCUGGACGUUGUCAUGCAGCGCACCAUCCUGGAGCUGCUACUUUGCUUCAAUCCGCUUUGGCUGCGCCUUGGACUGGAAGUGGUCUUCGGAGAGAAGAUCCAGAUGCAGUCCAAUCGAGACAUUGUGGGCCUGAGCACCUUUAUCCUCAAUCGCUUGUUCCGGAACAAGUACGAGGAGCAGAGGUACAGCAAGGCCUACACUCUCACCGAGGAGUACGCGGAGACCAUCAAGAAGCAUUCGCUGCAGAAGAUCCUCUUCCUGCUGCUCUUCCUCGACCAGGCCAAGCAGAAGCGAAUCAUGAAACACAAUCCCUGUCUGUUCGUUAAGAAGUCGCCGCACAAGGAGACCAGGGACAUCCUGCUGCGCUUUUCCUCGGAACUGCUGGCCAACAUUGGGGAUAUCACGCGGGAGUUGCGUCGCCUGGGCUACGUCCUGCAGCACAAACAGUCUUUUUUGGACGAGUUCGACUAUGCCUUCAACAACCUGGCUGUGGAUUUACGAGAUGGAGUGAGGCUAACCCGCGUCAUGGAAGUCAUUCUCCUGCGCGAUGAUCUUACACGGCAGCUGAGGGUGCCAGCCAUCUCCCGACUCCAGCGGAUCUUCAAUGUUAAACUGGCUCUGGGAGCCCUGAGCGAGGCCAACUUCCAGCUGGGUGGAGACAUCUCAGCCCCGGACAUCGUGGACGGACAUCGCGAGAAAACGCUUUCGCUGCUCUGGCAGAUUAUCUACAAGUUCCGCUCGCCCAAGUUCCAUGCAGCGGCCACGGUGCUGCAGAAGUGGUGGCGUCGUCGGUGGCUUCAUGUGGUCAUCCAGCGGCGCAUUCGCCAUAAAGAGCUGAUGCGUCGUCACCGCGCUGCCACUGUCAUUCAGGCCGUGUUCCGAGGCCAUCAGAUGAGGAAGUACGCCAAGCUGUUCAAGGCGGAACGCACCCAGGCCGCCAUAAUCCUACAGAAGUUCACGCGACGCUACUUGGCGCAAAAGCAGCUGUACCAUAGCUAUCACAGCAUCGUCACCAUCCAGCGCUGGUGGCGGGCCCAACAAAUGGGAAGGCAAUGCCGUAGGCAGUUUCUCCAGCUCCGCCAGGCCGCCAUCUUCCUACAGCUUAUCUGGCGACGCCGGCUCUUCGCCAAGAAGCUAUUGGCGGCGGCAGCUACAGCCCGAUUGCAGCGAUCCCAAAAGCAACAAGCAGCUGCCAGCUACAUCCAAAUGCAGUGGCGAAGCCAUCAGUUGGGAAAAUCUCAGCGCCAAAAGUUCUUGCGGCAGAGGGAGCUAAUCAUCUUUGUCCAGCGCAGGAUGAGAGGCAAGUGGAGUAUGAUGAAACAGAGAAAGGAGUUCCUGCAGCUAAAACAGGCCACCAUUAAUAUGCAACAACGCUGGCGAGCUCAGCUGGCGAUGAGAAAGCAUAGAGCAGACUAUUUGUCUCUUCGCUCCAAUGUCCUUAAAGUCCAGACUCAGAGGAGGGCCACACUCAAGAUGAGAAUCGAACGCAAUAACUACCAAGCUCUCCGGAAGAGUGCAAUCUGCUUGCAACAGCGCCUAAGGGCCACCUGGAAAAUGCGCGAAGAGAGAAAGAAGUAUCUUCAGAUUCGUGACUCCGCCAUACUCAUCCAAAAACGCUAUCGUCUGCUUCGAAAGAUGAUCGAGGAUCGCAAAGCUUACCUGAGAGCCCGCCAGUGCAUCAUCAAUGUCCAGAGGCGGUGGCGAGCCACUUUGCAAAUGCGGCGGGAAAGAAAGAACUACCUACAGUUGCAAUCCACCGCCAGAUAUAUCCAAACCAAGUACCGGGCCAAAUGUCAAAUGAAAAAACAAAGAGCCGAGUUCACGCAACUGAAAAAGGCUGCUUUGGUGGUCCAGCGGCGUCGGCGAGCUCUGCUGCAGAUGCGAAAGGAGCGCCAGGAAUAUCUGCAUCUACGCGAGAUGACCAUCAAGCUGCAACGCAGGUUCCAUGCCCACAAGUCCAUGAGGUUCAUGCGAGCCAAGUACCGCGGCACCCAGGCAGCGGUGAUCUGUCUGCAGAUGCAUUGGCGGGGGCAUCUUCUUAGGAAACGAGAGCGAAGCAGUUUUCUGGAGCUACGCCAAGCUACUAUCACAUUGCAGCGACGGUACCGAGCUCGUCUGGCCAUGAAAAAGCAACUCAAGACCUAUACCCAGCUCAAACAGGCAGCUAUUACCAUUCAAACCCGCUAUAGAGCGAAGAAGGAGAUGCAGAAGCAGGUUGCCCUAUACCAAAAGCAAAGGGAAGCCAUCAUCAAAGUGCAGCGUAGAUACCGCGGCAAGUUGGAAAUGAGGAACCAGAUGGGAGUUUACCAAAAGCAUCGCCAGGCCAUCAUCCGCAUUCAGAAAUGGUGGCGCAGUGUGCGAGAAAUGCGGGCCCUUAGGUCGGGCUAUCGUAGGAUUCGGCUCAGUUCAUUGAGCAUUCAGCGCAAGUGGCGGGCCACAGUGCAGGCUCGUCGCCAGCGGCAGAUCUUCCUGGAUACCAUUCGCAAGGUGCGAUUAAUGCAGUCAUUUAUAAGAUCCACUCUGCUGAUGCGAGAGCAACGCAGGGCGUUCGAAAUGAAAAGGAAUGCUGCGCUGGUGCUGCAACGCAGAUUCCGUGCCCGUUGUGCCAUGCUUAAGGCACGACAGGAUUACCAGCUAAUCCAGUUCGCUGCCAUCCUAGUGCAGCGCAGAUUCCGUGCUAAUCAAAGCAUGAAGCAGGCGCGCCACGAGUUUGUCCAGGUGCGUGCUCUUGCCAUUCAUCUGCAGCAAAAGUUCCGGGGAAAACGACUUAUGGUGGAGCAACGCAACUGUUUCCAACUGCUCCGUCGCUCCGUUCCGGACUUCCAGGCCCAUGCCCGUGGCUUUAUGGCUCGCAAACGUUUCCAGGCCCUAAUGACGCCUGAGAUGAUGGAUCUAAUCCGCCAAAAGCGCGCCGCCAAGGUAAUACAGAGAUACUGGCGAGGCUAUCAAACCCGUCGACGCCAGAGGCACCAGGGUCUUUUGGCCAUCCGACAGCGCAUUGUCCAGCUGCGGCAGGAGGCAACAGCGGUUAACUCAGUGCGCUGCAAAGUCCAGGAGGCAGUACGAUUUCUGCGAGGACGCUUUAUUGCAUCGGAUGCCCUAGCUGUCCUGAGUCGUUUGGAUCGUCUGUCGCGCACUGUGCCACACCUUUUGAUGUGGUGCUCGGAGUUUAUGUCCACGUUUUGCUAUGGGAUCAUGGCUCAGGCCAUUCGCUCAGAGGUGGAUAAGCAGCUUAUCGAGCGCUGCAGCCGGAUCAUCCUAAAUUUGGCCCGCUACAACAGCACCACGGUGAACACAUUCCAGGAGGGAGGUUUGGUGACCAUUGCCCAGAUGUUGUUACGCUGGUGCGACAAGGACAGUGAGAUAUUCAACACGCUGUGCACCCUCAUUUGGGUAUUCGCCCACUGUCCCAAGAAGCGAAAGAUCAUUCACGACUACAUGACCAACUCGGAGGCCAUAUACAUGGUGCGUGAAACCAAGAAGCUGGUUGCCCGCAAGGAGAAGAUGAAGCAGAAUGCCCGCAAGCCCCCGCCCAUGACAACCGGACGUUAUCAGACCCAGAAGAUGAACUUCACACCGUGCUCCCUGCCCAGCCUGGAGCCAGAUUUCGGUAUCAUCCGCUACAGUCCCUACACGUUCAUCUCGUCCGUUUACGCCUUCGACACCAUCCUGUGCAAGCUACAGAUCGACAUGUUUUAGCUUAGAUUAGAUUAGUAUUUACUGCUAAAUGUUAAAUGUUAUAAACGUUUCUGUGUUGUGUUUAAUAAUAUAAAGAUAAAUUGUUAGAUCGAGUAUGUUUUACUGAGACAAUCGACCAUAAAUUAAGUAAACUUAAGAUAAGUUAAAAUGUACAUGCUGCAAACGAAUAUUGUAUCUAAUAGUUAAGUAGCGAAACUAAGUUUAUUGUUUUUAUGUCGAACCACAAACUGGGCUAAGAAAUAAAGAAGCCAAUUGAAAGUCAGGUUAAACUAGA